CCAUUUGGGGCUCAUAAUUCUUGCGAAACAUUAUUUAUCUUUGUUCAAUAUUUGAUGAACAAUGAGAAGAAAAGAUAAUUUCACGUUGCAAAGAUUGCGAAUAUCAAGUCAAAUGAAACGCCCCCUACUGGCCUUACUACGCAUGCUCAUCAGGAAUGAUCCAAUAUGGCGACAGUCGGCUAACAGAGAGAGAAGAGAAUGGUUGUAUACCCGGUUCGCUGAAUGAAAUUUAAACUAUUUCAAUGUUAUCUUACAAACUAAAAUUGUGGAGGUUAUAUAACAAACUGCCAGGAAAAGCGCUCGGCGAGUACCGAUUACUGCCGUUAUUCUUCAUGUUAGGAGCUGCUUUGGAAUAUUCCAUGGUCAAUUUGCAUGUGGGAGAGGUUAACUUCUACAAAGUGUAUAAGCGUCGAAAGAUAGAAGAGUUAGUGGAACAAAGACUAAAACUGGAACAGGCUUGAA